AUGAUAGCAUCUACAAUUAUCUCCACGCAACGUCCUUUCGGUCUACUAUUUCAAUGUAAUUUCGAUACGGCAUGUUUUGCCGAGAAUCAACUCAAACGAACUGAUGGCAGUGAAUUUAUACUUGUUGAGUCUUCUGAUGGCUUAGAACCUCCUAGAGCACCGACUUCUGAUGUUACAUCUAUUACUGUUUCAACAAACAACAGUGAAACAUGUAAACUACCUUAUCAACUACCAUUCAAUAAUGGUACGGAUAUCGCUAACUGGAAUAUGUACUUUUGUUAUAAUGAUCAAUGUCCAACACAGAGUGGACAGACAGGAACAUGUAAAUCAGGUUUUUAUGGUCUUACAUCACUUAAUUCAUCAGAACCAUCGAAGACAAUCAUUGGAUCAAUCGAUUCCAAUUCUAUUCUAAGAGAUUCAGUUGGACAACAAUGUCUUCGAUUUUAUUAUUAUUUUACUAUUUAUGAUAAAGAAGAUUGGGGUCAACGGAUUCAAGUGUUGAUUAGACCUAAUAAUGAAACUGUCAAUGAAUUUUCAAUUAAAGACCUUACAAUAGUGAAUAUGAACGAAAAUAAAUGGGAAUUUCAAUCUGUAACAUUUAAUUCAACAUUUUCUCGUUACACAUUAGUCUUUUCUUUUUCUGUUGAUGGAAAUAAUCCAACAGUCGAUGGUAUAUCGAAUCGAACAGUUUAUUUUGCAUUAGAUAAUAUAGAAUUAUAUGAUUUUAAUUGUUCAUAUGUGAAUGACGAAUUGCCUAGUUCGACAGUCAUGGCAACGCGGGAAAUAACUAUAAUAUCGACUCCAACAACGGCAACGCCAUUGACAACAACAACAAUAACAACAACAACAAUAACAAUACCAACAACAACAACAGCAGAUAAACCUAAUUUAGCUCUAAUACUUGGUCUCUCAUUGGGUC